AAUUCCCCCAAAUUAAAAAGUUUAUAUAACCCCAACUCUAAACUGCAGCUUCAAACCUCGUCACAAUCGAAAACUCUCUCCAGUAUCCACAUACAUUGUGUCAUUGUGGUAUAUACAUAUAUAUGCUCUGUUGAUGAUUGCUCCACUUCCAUCUCAGGAUUCAAAUUCAAUCAUUGUUUAUUAAACUCGGACAAUAGGAGCUUGUGGGGAGUUAGAGACAUAGAUACACAAUGGGUUAUGCCAACGGGCAAGCUAGUUAUGUUAAUGGAGAAUCUACUUCAAAUAGGAAACAACAACCUCUCUUUUCUUUUGGAUUGAUUACUGAUGUCCAAUAUGCAGACAUUCCAGAUGGUCGAUCGUUUCUUGGUGUUCCUCGGUACUAUAGGCAUAGCAUUCUCGUAUUGCAAAGAGCAGUUAAAGAAUGGAACAAUCACCAGAGGCAUAAUUUUGUGAUAAAUUUUGGAGACAUUGUUGAUGGAUAUUGUCCGAAAGAUCAGUCUCUCAAAACGGUAAAGAAAAUUGUUCAUGAGUUUGAGAACUUCAAGGGACCCGUGUAUCACUUGAUUGGCAAUCAUUGCCUAUACAAUCUCCCUCGCAGUCAGUUGCUUCCGUUGUUGAGGAUUCAGAGCGAUAAAGGCCACGGUUACUAUGAUUUCUCGCCCAUGCCAGAGUAUAGGUUCGUUGUUCUCGGUGGAUAUGACAUCAGCGCCAUUGGUUGGCCCAAGGAUCAUCCAAGAACAUUAGAGGCCUUAAAAUUCUUGCAGGCAAAGAAUCCGAACGAGGACAAGAACAGUCCAAUGGGUUUGGUUGGGCUUGAGAGAAGGUUCCUCAUGUUCAAUGGGGGUGUUGGAGAGGAGCAAAUGAAAUGGUUGGACCGCGUCCUUGAAGAAUCAACAAGAUUGAAACAGAAAGUUGUGGUCUGCUGCCAUCUUCCUCUGCAUCCCGGCGCAUCGUCGAAGGAGGCACUGUUAUGGAAUUAUGACGAAGUAAUGAACUUAAUACAUAGAUACAAUUGUGUGAAGCUAUGUAUAGCAGGACAUGAUCACAAAGGUGGAUACUCAAUUGAUUCACAUGGCGUACACCAUAAAGUUCUUGAAGCUGCAUUGGAGUGUCCUCCUGGGACAGAUGCAUUUGGAUAUGCUGAUGUUUAUGAUGACAGAAUAUCGCUUCAUGGCACUGAUAGAAUGAAGAGUGUAGAUAUGUACUUUAAUCCUAAGGCAGAUUUGUGAUCAAAAGAUUGUUUGGUUGGUUCAUGAGUCUACAAAGUUCUGCUGAAGAGAAAAUAUUCAGCAAGCACUAACAUAAAUGGCGGUUUUGUCAGAAAUGAUCUGCUUUAACAAAUUUUGAUUAUUCUUGUAAAAUUGUUAGCAGGCUUUGUUCCAGAUAUAUAUAAAUAUAUAUAUUCAAUGAUAAACUUCCUCUUGUUUCUUA